GAGCUAUGUCUCACUCAAGCGACGCUAUGUUGAUCAAACCCGGGCCUAACCACAUAUAGUAGGUGUGUUUUGCGUCUGAAUUUUAUUAAGUUGCGCGUGGUGCAACCUGUUACCACGUCAACCAGCCACUGAAACCAUUCAUGACGCUCAUCAAGCUCAUUCAUAAGAGAUGCGAAAGGUGCAUGAUGUGCGCGCGAAACCCGAUUUUUACCUCUCGAACAAACGCAGAUGGAGUAUUCGGUUGACGAUGUUACAGCCGCCAGGACUCUGCAAUACUUAGGGUACAUAUGCGUGUCGAUGACGAUAUUUUGGACAUAUGAUUAUGUUUGUGCACUUCAUAAAGAGUGGGAAUUCUUGCAUCGGUCGCGCUGGACCAGGGUGAAAGCCCUUUAUAUCAUUACACGAUAUGUCCCCUGUUGUCUCAUUACCACGGAUCUGUAUCUGAACUUCGCCCCGACCGAGGACCCCAAUAAAUGCCGGAUGUUGAUUAAUAUAUACGCAUGUUUCGGAGUGAUAUCACUCACUUGCUCUGAGUGUUUUUUUGUGCUGAGAACAUAUGCGCUCUCGAACAGCAAUAGGAUCGUACUCGUAGCUAUGUUGACCACCCUUGUUGCUAUCAUCAUGUUAUUCAUCGGCAUUGGUUUUACCGCAAUUUCCACGUCAUAUGUUAUGACGAGCGCGAUCCCAGGUUUCAAGGGCUGCUACCGGAUCUCGCACAGUGUCCAAUUCUUCAUACCUUUUCUUCUCUUGUUAGUGUUUCAACUGGGACUGGCCUCUCACACACUCAUACGUGCCAUACAGAACUGGCGGUCGGCCAAGGGUCAUUUGCACGCCAUUCUGUUGAAGCAUAACAUAUUUUACUAUGCAUGCAGUCUGCCUCUCUCGGCCGUGAAUGUCCUUGUACCGCUGCUGUUUUCCGAUUCUGCAUACUACUCCCUCGUCCAAGAUUUGCAGGUCUUUAUCCUUGCAAUUCUCGCCACGCGCAUGCAUCUCCAUCUCUGGCAUACGAGCCAGUGUGUGGAAGGCUCUGAGGCCCUCGUGUGGAUUUCUCUGUCCAACGUGUCGCCUGUAGACAUUACGGUGUGAUAUUAUAUCGCGCGCUUAUUCGGCAUCGUUUGUAGAGUGAGGUUUGGUCGAGUUUGGAACGCGCUUAUCUUAUAGGAAUGGAUUUUUGUCAUCAGCGUGAG